UGGGCACUGUCGAUUUCUUUCUCAGAAGAGGAUUAUGGAUAUCCUGUCCAACACUGAACAGCAGCGCAGCACAACUAAAAGCCAUCUCCACCAUAACGAUACGACUCGUACGAGAACGACACGAUGAUGGACGGCUUGACUUUUUCUUCAUGCCCUCCUUCCUGACUGAUAAGUUUUCAACGACGAUUAUGAAGACAUGAAACACCGGUUUUAAAGUCUGAGCGUCUUCAUUUAAAUAUUUGAAUGAGGUUAGUUAAAAUAAAUAAAUCUGCUUUUUAUUGCUUCGUCGACGACGAACGGCGAAUUCUUGUCUUGUGUCACUGGACAUCUGUGCUGAACUGAGCUUCAGAGCUGAAGAGGAUGACCACUGAGAGCUCUCUAGAGUCCAGCAGCCCCAUCAUGAGGACGGGCUCGGAGUCAGAUGAAAUGCACCCCGGAUUAAUAGACACUCCGACUGGCCCUGGAAGCCAGGUCACUGUGCCCAGCAAAGGAAAGAAGAACAGCUCGGGAUUGCAGCGUACCGAAAAGCCACCCUACUCCUACAUCGCGCUCAUUGUGAUGGCGAUCCAGAGCGCGCCGACAAAGCGACUCACUCUGAGUGAGAUCUAUCAGUUCCUGCAGACGCGGUUCCCUUUCUUCCGAGGUGCUUAUCAAGGAUGGAAAAACUCAGUUCGACACAAUUUGUCCCUAAACGAGUGCUUUAUUAAGUUGCCCAAAGGAAUGGGGCGCCCUGGAAAAGGCCACUACUGGACCAUAGAUCCUGCGAGUGAAUUCAUGUUCGAGGAAGGCUCUUUCCGGCGGAGACCGCGGGGAUUUCGGAGAAAAUGUGAAGUCCUCAAGCCCAUGUACCGCAUGAUGAAUGGCCUUGGGUUCACUUCCGCCAUUUUACCCCAAAACUUUGACCUGCAGUCUCCAACGUGUCACGCUAAUACCUAUAAUCUAGACGUGAUACCAGGACCUGUUUCUGGUGGCGGGUAUGACCCUCUGAAAAUUGGUCACUAUGGACACAUGGCAAACUGUGCACUACCGACAAAUGAAAACUAUGGGGCAAACAGCAGUAGUCCAAUCUCCUCUUGUCCCACAAACAGCUCGAUUGAAGGCCGUUCGCAGUUUUCUGGUACGGCUCAUCAUUGCCCUUCAUCUCCUUACCUAAAGCGCACUCCUAUUAGCUCUGGUAUUCCAGGGUCUUCUACACAACAGCAAAGUGCAUCAUCAUUAUCUUCAUCCUACUCGGUGGAGCAAACCUAUCUGCAGCCCAGCAUCAGACACGGUGCAGACAUGACAGUGGGCGUAUCUUGCUACCAGGCCCACUCCACUCCUGCGGAUGAACGAAGAGACUUUGUAUUAAACUUCAGUGGAAUUUCAUCCCUCCAUCCAACUGCUAGUGGAUACUAUCCUUAUCAUCCUCAUUAUCAGCAGCAUGUUCACCCCAGUGUUCAGCAGGACGUCAAACCGUGUAUAAUGUAAAGGGAUUAAUUCAGAUUAGUCUACAGUCUAUUGUCUACUACAUCCAAGUAAAUCAAUCAGUUUAUUACAACGCCCAAGGCGUUUUUGUUUCUUUUAUUUGGUUAUUAUUAUUAUUAUUAUU